GAGAGAGAGAGAGAGAGAGAGAGAGAGAGAGAGAGAGAGAGAGAGAGAGAGAGAGAGAGAGAGAGAGAGAGAGAGAGGAGGUUCUGCUAGUCACUGCAAUCACGCUCUCUCCAUCUAUUCACGCGCAGUGCACUUGCCUGGCGAUGCUACAGCGGUUCCUCCUCCCUUAUGUAUUGGACUGUACAGCUACAAGAGGCGGGAGAUGCGCAUCAGCAACCCGCUACCCGCCGAAGCUCCCUUCACUUCAGGACGGAAGAGACUAAAUGUGGAUGCAUUCAGGUGCAAACUUGCAUGAACUAAAAAAUAUUCCAUGCCGGGGUUUCGGGAUGCUAGAUAGUUGCACGUAGCCUUUUCUAGGGCUAUAUUUCACUGUUGGACGAGGGAUUCGGCGGCGUCCUCAGCUGUUGCAUUUGGGGGCUGAAGUGUCAGGCAACUAUGUGAUUUGAUUUCGAACGGUAAUUCCGGAUCAGUUUGACUUGUGCGGCUGAUGCGAGCGGAGGUUGACUGUUAGUGCCCUCUGAGUUGUAUUUCAAGCCUGUUGUCGCCGGUAUUCCCGACAACGGAACCGUAGGGAUGGAAAAAGCUAGUCAGCCACAGCUUUCGCUGUCCAUAACAAAGAGUGAAAGUCCAGCGGAGGACAUCUCAAAUAUACAGGACGAGGACCUUCUCAAGUGGACCAAAGAGGAUUUGGUGCGGCGGCUCCGGCGGUCUGAAACUGAUAAAAUGAGCGUGAUACUGGACCACAGCAAUCUGAUCCGCGAGGUCAAUCGCAGCCUCCAGCUACACUUGAACGAAAUAAGAGGGCUGAAGGACAUCAACCAGAAACUGCAGGAGGACAACCGGGAGCUGAGGGACCUGUGUUGCUUCCUGGAUGACGACCGUCAGAAGGGCAAGCGGGUGUCCAGGGAGUGGCAGCGACUGGGGCGCUACAGCGCCUCCAUCAUGAGGAAGGAGGUGACGUUGUACCUUCAGAAGCUCAAGGAGCUGGAGUUGCGGCAGGACGAGGUGGUCCGGGAGAACUUGGAUCUCAAAGAACUCUGUUUGUUACUCGACGAGGAGAAAGCCUCGGGCGGUGGAACUGGGAGCCCGGAGCAUCUCCAAAAGCCCCGGGCUGGCAGUGUGAGUGGAGAACGUGAGAUCCCCUCCAGCCCUGAACCUCCUCACCCCCAGGGCAGGCACCGUAGUACCAGCCUGGGUAUCCCUACGCCAUGCCCCAGCUCUGCCGGCCCCGCUGCGGCUCCAUCUCGGUGCCCGACCACACCCAUAGCGCCCGUUCCAUGCGGGGCUCAGCCCGAGAAGUACGGCCGCAACGUGGGACGCCGGAGCCCCGAGUCCCAGCACCCAUCCACCAAGCACCACCACCUCCACAGCUCCGACCUGCUUCUCUCCCAGAAACAGCAGCACCUCCUGGGGUCGGGUCAGGGCGGCAGCGCCGGGGAGCUCUACCAGAGGCACCACAGGGGGAGCAUCGGGGGCGGUAGCUGCUGUGGAAGCCCCGAGCCCAGACAGGCACAUCUAGGGUUGGGGACGCCAGAGCACCAGCACCAUGAGAAGGGCUGUGUGAUGUCAGCCGGGGGCAGUCCAGAGACUCACAGGCACCAGUAUAGUGGGAGUCCAGACCACAUGAAGUUCGGCAGCCCUGGGAGAGAGGCACAGAAGAGACCGGCCACCGCUGAAGAGCUGUCACCGCAUCACAGGAGCAUCUACAACGGCAUGAACGCUUUGAUGUCAGCUGGAUGCUGUACCACCAACUGUAGAAAUGUGAAACUAUGGGACAGCUUCGAUGCCUCUUCUUGACAACACUGCACCCCAGCUGGGAGGUUUGGGGUGAGACGUACCUCCUCAACAGCGGGAUAAGGAGGGUCCAACACUCCUGCUGCCCUGACCCAAACAGACACUAGGACAACUGGACACCCCUCUCCAAGAUCCUGAUGGUCUGUCCCAUCCGUCCUCAUAUACUACUAUGUUUUCAUUUCUACAUAUCUAGAGUUCGGGACAAUUUGGGGGAAAACUUGGGAAUGCUACUAGGACGGAUGGAUGGCAUUCCCAAAGACUGCCACAGCUAAAUGGAUGAGAGCGAGACUGGGUACCGUAUAUGAGCUCCCUGCCAACCACCAAGACAUGGCCUACCUCCCAGAGAGGGAAAGAUGCAGGGGAAGAAGUGAAAAGAAGGAGAGAAGAAGAGGACCACUCCUCUCAGCUCAUCAGUCUGGUGUUCUCUCUCUCUCUCUCUCUCUCUCUCUCUCUCUCUCUCUCUCUCUCUCUCUCUCUCUCUCUCUCUCUCUCUCUCCUCUCCCUCUCCUAUUCCUCCCUCUGCAUCUACCCUUUCUCUCUUAUUAUCUCUUUAUCUCUCUCUCCUAUUCCUCUUUCUCCCUCUGCCUCUCCCCCUCUCUCUCUCUCUCCUGUUCCUCUUUCUCCCUCAGCCUCUUCCCUUUCUCUCUUAAUCUCUAUAUCUUCCCAUUCACUUCUACCUUCUUCUUCUCUUUCCUCUCUCCCCUGCUUUCUCGCUCUCUCCCACCACCCCCUUUCUCCUUCCACCCCCUCCUUCCCCCC